GUGGGUGGGUCCCUAGCAUUUGAGGCCAGUGGGGUUUCGAGCCGGACUUAAAUCCUACCAGCCGCGAUAUAGUCCAUCAUGACCAACAACCAACACCCCUUCGGACAUAGGACGAAGAUACUACGUGUCCGUCUUGGCGGACGACUGUGCACUUUGGUUUGGCAUUGUUCCUCUCUGGCCUGUAAUACUUAGAUAGGCAUGGGUCCCAGGUGGCUGAACUGGCAGUCAUUGACUUAGAUCUCAAGCCAGCACUUCCGCUGUCCCCUCCAGCGAGGCCUGCACACCAUUCGUAACGGACAAAGAUCAACACAACUUAUCUGUCUGUCUGGUUUUGAGAAUACGCAUCAUGGCUGCCUCGUACGACAUUCCGACCUUCCUGCUCGACAAGGUCAACAUCCAUGACACAAUCACACGCAUGAUGCUGGGCUACGACGACCGCGACUUUGACAGUCUGCGCGAAAAGGUUUACGCGCCCAGAAUCCUGAUGGACUACUCUGCGAUCCUCGGCACAGAGCCCGCGGAGACGAGCAGGGACGACUGGCUCAAGUUCCUGGAUGGCGCUACUGUUGGAUUCGACUCGACGCAGCAUACGGCACAGGACAUGCUCAUUGAGCUGCCGCAACCGAACAGGGGCAGUGCAAGACCAAAGACGGUCCAGGUGGUUGCAUAUGUCAAUGCUCACAUGGUGAAACGCGAUGCCCGCGGAGGACCGAUGAUGCACAACGGGGGCCGAUCGUACUUUGAGCUGGAGCACUUCCAGGACAUUGAGGACCAGGGCGAGAACCCGUGGCGGAUCAGCCAGAUGCGGGUCCGGCCUGCCUGGGAGGAGGGCAACACAGCCGUGUUGGAUGCUGCGAAGAGCUGAGGAAGUGAUGGACAGGGUGCUAGGAGUCAUUUCUCAGGUCCCACCGCCAGGAUAGCUGUAAAUAAUUUGAAAGAGAUAACAAGGGCCCGUCGUGUCUCUGAAUAUGGUGUCUGGUGUUUGUUGUUUGGCCUGCCGGGCGGGGACGAGACAUGUGCGCCGGCUUGGGGACCUGAAUGCG